AUGCUUGGCAUGAUUGGUGGCACGUUUCUGUGUCCCUGGUCAAGUUGUCGUGCGGCUGAAGGUUGGUGGUUAGGAUUCUGGCGGGGGUGGCAAUGCAAGGCUCUUUUCCCUUGUUCUACGGGAACUACCGUACGAUGGUUGGGUUUUAGCGGUGAAAUUGAUUCACUGGGAUUUGUUCACCGAUGUCUGGAUGGCUUUUGGUCCCCGGUGGUUUGGACGGGAAUUGUGGAAGCAAUGCUCUGCAGUGUGAGACAUAUUGAAGAGGUGAGGCGAGAAGCCUGUUCGCAUAAACCCCAGCUUUGUCGACGCAGUGGGUUCUUAAGACAAGCAUGA